AUGUUACGGAGCUUGAUAUGUGAACUCAGCAGGCUGACAGCUUAUACUGACACAGCAAAGCAUUCAGUGCCAGCGUUUACUGUUUACAACACACACGUUUGUGAACCCGAGGCAUCUUCAGCAGUGUUCCUUGCAUGCAGUGGUCCAUACACGUCAUGUAAUGACCGUACUUUUGAUUGUUUGGGAGCUACCCCAGACAGCUUUACUCCGCCCUUACUCCUGAUCGCUUGCAAGCAGCACGCGGGGUCACUCCAGCCGCCAAAGGAGGAGAACUUCCAUCCUGACUCCGGAUUGCUCCAGAGCCCGCAGGCUGGCGGUGGGGCCGGCGGGACGCCGCGGGGGCGGGCAGUGUGUUUCUAUGCCCUCUCACUGGUCACUCGCUGGGCUUUGUUCCCGUUCGCACAACAAGCCAACAGAGACGCUCCUGACACCGUCCGCCCGGAGCGGAACGGCCCCGCUUUGCGACCGCUUCCCCGGCCCAGCGUGUCCGAACGGCACCUAGAGCUCGGGGCCAGGCACGUGCGGGCCCCUGGCCCGCCUCUGCCCCGGCUGCCUCCGUCUCCUCGCCAUGAAAACCAGCCCGCAGCCCGCUCUCAGCGGCAGCCCGCGCCGCGGCCGCAGCGAGAGGCCCCGCGUCGCCGGCGCUGUUGUGUCAGGAGAGUUGUCCAAGCUGAGGUUUCUCCCUCAUCCUUCCCUGCAAGAGAGCAGAGUGUACACCAUGCGCGCCUCAUCGUCCCAGAACACAGGGCCAGUCCUAGCCUGGGGACACAAGGAUUUCAGCAGCAUUUUUCCCUACGGGGCGGACUAAUUGUACAGAACCCCACCCCCUUUCAUUCCUCCCUACUUACUUGAGCACACGCAGCUGCAGUCACCCUUGUGGCUUGGAAGGAAAGGCGGCCUCCUGCACCAAGGCUGCAAGGCCAGUUCCCCAAGGCAGCAGCUGCGAGAGGGAGGGGGGCAGGCGGUGAAAGCUGCACUUUCCUCUGAGCAGAGUAGUGUUCCCUCUGAGGGGCCCCCAGCCCCAGGAGCCGGCUCCCAAGCCCUGGGCCUCCCGCAUGGAAGCAAUGUUGCCUCCUCCAUAGCCACUAAGCCAUCCGGGCAGGCAAGGUUUGCAGUUUUAACUCUGGCUAUUAAACCACAUUGUCCUUGUUAUAGUUCAAGGGGCCAGAUCCAUGUGUAGGAAUCAACUGUUCGCACCAAGCACAGAGGCUUACAGCAAGAGAUUUCAAAGGCCUGAUUUAGUUUGUGAUUAAGAGAACACCACAAGAUAACAGUGAUGAUUGUUUCAUUUAAAAAUUACAAAAAACCCUGUCAUUCAGCGGGUGAGAAAGGGUAACAGAAUGGGAAGAUUCUACAAAGAAACACCUCGGAAGUGUGUUCGCUUUCAGUUUACUCUAUUGUAGACUAUUCAGUUUACCUAUAAUAUUUUACUCUGGUUAUGCUGGCUUCAUUCAAAAAGUAUUAUAAUUGCAUUUUACAGAAAACAUUCACUAUCUGUUUCUAACCAUAGACUUAGAAACGGAGCCAAGCCAGGAAGCAUAGAUCUCAGAUCAGAGCUGUAUUCAAACUUCCCAAAAUCUGGAAGUGGACAGAUCUACUUGGAAUCAUAGAAAUACCUAGUAGAGCAACCAGCUCAACUCCCUGCUAAUGCAGGAUUGUUUCCCAGCAUUUACUAGUGCUUUGUCCAGUCACUUAUUAAAUAUUCUGCUGAUGAGGUUUUCAUCACUUCCUGAGGGAGAUUAUUCCCCAACCUGUUUUAGGCUCAGAUUAUUAAAAGCUAUUUAGGCACUGCUGUGCUCAGCACCACAACAUCAAACUGAGUGAGAAGCCUAAAUAUCAUGUUCAAAAGGGAUUUAGGUGCUUAGGAGUCUAAAUGCCAUCUACAAUGGCAUUUAGACUCCUAAGUACCUAAAUACCUUUUGAACAUGAUAUUUAGGCUCUUACGCCUAAAUACCUUUACAAAUCUGGGCCAGACUGUCAGGAAGUCUUUACUUCUAACUACUCUCCCUUUUACCACCCUAGGCAUACACCUCCUCACACCCUUCCAAUAUUUAUAGAUGGUUUCCAGUCCCCACUUUGGCUGGUUUUUAGGACCAAAUUAGGUUUCCUCCUCCAGCUCCCUAAUUAUUUUUGGCCCUGUUUCUGUUAGAAAACUACCAAGUUUGACAAUGUCUGUCAAAUUCAAUGGUGGCCUAAUCUUAUAGCUACAGAUGGGCCUGAACUAUAACUGCCCAGCUAUCAUCAAUGGGGUCAACCUGUGUUAAUCAGUUUUUAAUCAAAAUGUGUUUUAGGGUCUGUCAUAAAUAUAAAGGGAAGGGUAAAAACCUUUAAAAUCCCUCCUGUGGGCAGAGGAAAAACCCUUUCACCUGUAAAGGGUUAAGAAGCUAGGAUAACCUCGCUGGCACCUGACCAAAAUGACCAAUGAGGAGACAAGAUACUUUCAAAAGCUGGGGGGAGGGAAAAACAAAGCCUCUCUGUCUGUCUGUGUGAUGCUUUUGUCGGGGACAGAACAGGAAUGGAGUCUUAGAACUUAGUAAGUAAUCUAGCUAGAUAUGUGUUAGAUUUAUGAUUUCUUUAAAUGGCUGAGAAAAUAAACUGUGCUGAAUGGAAUGGA